CACACUUUCUUCCUUCUACACGCUAAACUUUGUCAAACACAACGUCUUGACUUAUUUUCCUCUUCAAUUUACUCAAAUCAUUCAUUUUCUUUACUUUUUUCUACACUUCGAAUGAUUUCUCGGUUCUAAAUAUUCCGCGUCAAACAGUCUAUUACACCUCUCAGGCGAGCUUUGCCCCUGCCGAAAUGGCACUCUUAUUGUCCUCUGAGGGCGCCUUUGAGGUUAGCACCACGGACGAUUCUUCCUCCAAUGUCGCGUCUGCAACUUCAACACCUCCUACUACCGUCGCCGAUGAAGCCAGUCUUCACUCCGAUUCUCCCAAACGCGAUGUCGUUCACGUUGCACUCGACCCUGACUCUCCCGAAGUCGCGCCUACUACAUCCCAGCCCAUCGAGCCUACAGAGAUCGACAGCGCCGCCAAUGCGCUGCCGCCUGCCCCAAUUCGCUCUCGACGUAGCCGCGUUAGUGCCCCGGUUUACAAUCUUGUUCAAUUGAGUGGUACAGCUGGCCAUGGAAAGCGACGCGCCAAAGGAGACAUUGUCGCGGACCGACGACGAAGAAGAAAGACCAUAUCCGGCCCAAUCUUGGGUGAUGACGAGGGAACGUCCAAUACUCCUCAGGAUGCAACACCCGAAACCGUACGCAGUGGUAUCGACGCGCUGGGGGCUACUCAGUCAGCAAGCAAGCUAGAUUCCCCCCGCGCUCGUCGCCAGAAGAUCACGGAGGAGAGUAGCUCGAGCAGACGUUCUUCGACGCGUCGGACCAGUGUCUUUGCGCCUAUCGCAGCUACACCUAUUACUAAAAACUCCAAGGCUACCAAACGCAGUCGCAAAUCCAUGGAAAAGACCUCGACGCCCAUGUCACGCGAGCUCAGGCGUCUGCAGGACACUAAGGAAUUUGCGCACAUCGACGAGAAACCUGUGGUUUUGAGUGUGUGGUCAAACGGAAAAUUUGUUGACCCUAAGGCUGCCAAAUCAGCCUCACGGAAGAAGGCUGAGCCUGAACAAGCUGCCGAGGAGCCCAAAGAGGCCGAACCCGAGCCCGUGAUUAACACCAGGAAGCGUCGGGUCAAGAAAUAUCUUGCUAAGGGUCUUUACGCUGGACAGGAUGCUCCCAUCGACAUUUCUAAGGGUUUGACCGUGGGAGAGAAGAAGGCGCUGGCUCAGUUGCCGGAACUUAUUCCCAGCGGUCGCGUUAACAAGACAAUGCCUUUGCCCAUGUUUAACGGUCUCCGCACACUCAUUGAAGGCCGCGACUUCAAGCUCCCCUACCAGGUUUGCAACCCGCUUCCACCAGGUCAACCAAAACCCGAUGAAUGGAAGAAAAUGACAAAGAAUCGCUUCAUUGGCGAAUCUAAGGAUUACUGGCGAAAGUCCCCUCACUUCCACGACUAUUCAUCGAAGUGCGUUUGCAAGCCGGAAGAUGGGUGUGGUGAGAGCUGCCAGAACCGAAUUAUGCUUUACGAAUGUGAUGAGCAGAAUUGCAAUGCGGGCAAGCAGUAUUGCACCAACCGUGCUUUUGCCACCCUCACGGCGCGCCGAAACAAGGGCGGAAAGUACCGAGUUGGUGUUGAGGUGAUCAAGACUUCCGACCGUGGGUAUGGUGUCCGAAGCAACCGAUGCUUCAGACCCAACCAAAUCAUCAUGGAGUAUGCCGGAGAAAUCAUCACUGAAGAUGAGUGUGAGCGCCGUAUGACCGAAGUAUACAAGGACAAUGAGUGCUACUAUCUCAUGAGCUUCGAUCAAAAUAUGAUCAUCGACGCAACAACAGGAAGCAUCGCGCGUUUCGUGAAUCACAGCUGCAACCCAAACUGCAGAAUGAUUAAAUGGAUCGUUUCCGGACAGCCGCGAAUGGCCCUGUUUGCGGGUGAUAAGCCCAUCAUGACAGGUGAUGAGCUGACGUAUGACUACAACUUUGACCCCUUUUCUGCCAAGAACGUACAGAAAUGCCUCUGCGGAGAGCCCAACUGCCGUGGUGUUCUAGGACCAAAGCCUCGCGAAGUCAAGCAGCCAAAGACUGAUCUCAAGAAUGCUGUCAAGGGCGCUGUCAAGGCAGGCAAACGUAAGCUUAAGGAGCUUAUCGGAGACGAAGGAGACGAUGGCAAGAAUGCGAAGAAGCGCAAGGUGCAGCCUGCAAAGGGAGUGAAGCGAGCCAUUUCCAACGCCGGUUCUAAGAUGGCCAAGGGCGCAGCAAAUGCUCUCAAGAAGGGUGUUUCGACAGUGGCCUCGACUACCAGGAAGGCGGCUCUGGGUUCAAAGUCACCGGCUAAGCGACGUGUCUCGACUGGAGUUCUCCUUAAGAAGACGACAACCAAACGAGUCAUGCAGACAUACUCACGCACUCCACAGAGGCGAGCAUCGGAGCGUGCAUCGAGUGUCGGCCUUGUCUCUGCAAGCCGAACCAAGAGCUCUUCAGUGACCAAGGUGUCAACUAAGGCGACAAGGACGACGGCCAGUCUCAGGAGGACAUCAUCACGAGUGAUCUCGCCCCGACAGGCAUUGGAUCUUUCACGCGAUGGCGAGAUUCGGGUGGUCGCAGACGAUUAGGAAUAUCAGAGAGUUGAAGACGUUGGGAUGAGGAUUUGUACUUACUGAUAAAGGAGGCGAGGCAUUCUCGCAGACCUGGACUGCUCCAUUGCAUCACGAAAUGAAUCAAGAAUAGGGGCAGGAGAAACGAAUCGGGACAGGAACAGGAACAGGGGAGCGAUAGGAAAUCUGGGUGCUAAUCUUGCUCUUUUCCCGCCAUUAUCUUCAUUUUAUUGCUUGUCUGCGGGCGCCAGGGCGUACAAGGAGGCAAGGUUUGGCAUUGUACAGUAUCAGGGAACGGGUGGAUGGCUGGCCGGCUGUUGGAGGUCUGUAACCUUGCUUUAGCUAUCUUUCAUGCUUUACUGUUCAACACGUAUUGUAAUGAUGUUUG